AUGUGUUGCUCGCCGUUCAGAAAAUUUAAUCGUUGGCUCACACAAGCUUGCCUCAAAGUUGACGUUUUCGUGAAUGAAAGAAAUCUUAUUGGAAUUCCUGAUAAAUCAUGGAAAGUUUUUCAAGCGUUGGUAAUUGUGAAUUUUGCGUUUUCAACAGUAGUAUUUUUACUCGGCCUUCUUUGUUUUGCCAUUGGUUCCGCUUUCUCCACGUAUUAUACAAGAGUGAACUGCGAUAACGGCAUUAAUAUUUGGAUUCCUUUUAAUAAUAUGGUUGCUUCUUGGACGGGUUUUUUUGCUAUUAGGGUCCUUCAUUUACGAUGGACGGCAUUUAUUCAUUUCGUAUUUACAUUGAUCAUGGGUCCACCAAUGUUUAUUGCUGCUACGUACUCCGCUUUGAAUAUCAGCAACUGGAUUGAAGAAGAUACCAAAAGUCGCGCUUUUAAAGAUUAUGGAACGAAAAACGCAGCGAUUAAUGGUACACUCGCCGUCCUCUCCUAUUUCAUCGCAUGUGUCACCUUGGUCAUUCUCGGGUUCUACUUUUACUAUUGGAUUCCACGAUCGAACCGAACAUAA